CUGGUUUCUAGGCGGAACCAUGCUGUAAAUUGCUUGAGCGGUGCGGUUCUAUGAGUCUGAUCGCGUUUGUUCGUACGUUAACCUUCUCUUCACGCUUCUGUGCUAACAGCACUGUGGGAGUCAGAGCUGUGUGUAAAGAGAUGAAGACCACCGUGCUGCGUUUAAUCCCGCAGCCUUCAAACGGGCCUCUUUCACAGCCGGCAGACAGACAAGAUGGAGGACAAAUCCUAAACUUAACAGUAACGGCUUUGAAAGAUGGACAAGUUGUGGCUGUUCCUACCGACACAAUAUAUGGCCUGGCCUGCCUGGCUCAGAAUUCAGAAGCUAUCAAGAAGGUUUAUGAUAUCAAAGGGAGAAAUGGCAAUAAGCCUUUGGCCAUUUGUGUCGGGGAAAUCCAAGAUAUAUAUAAGUAUUGCAAAGUAGUUGUAAAAAAAGAGCUACUUGAAGAUCUUCUUCCUGGUCCAGUAACUCUUGUCCUUGAAAGGUCUGAUACACUCAACAGAGACCUCAAUCCAUUCACUAAGCUUGUAGGAGUCCGCAUCCCUGACCACCCCUUCAUGAGACUCUUGUGUCAGAUGUGUGGUGAGCCACUUGCUCUAACUAGCGCUAAUGUUAGUACACAAGCCAGCACUGUUGCUGUUCAUGAGUUUGAGGAUUUGUGGCCAAGACUGGCUGUUGUAGUGGAUGGUGGCCCAAUUGGACACCAAAGUCGUCUGGGCUCUACAGUCGUAGACCUCUCUGUACCUGGCAGAUAUCGUAUCAUUAGACCUGGCUGUGCUUUUUCAGCUACUGUUGCUGUACUCGAGAACAAAUAUGGAUUAUUGGAGGAUUCUGUUAGUUAAUGAGUUUGUAGCUCACUACUCCCUUCCAGCUAAAGCAUUCAGUUUGACACAGGCCAGCUGGAUUCUAAAUGAUAGGACUAAAAAGCUAGAAAGUAACCAUGGAUAUUUCAGGACAUGGGAUUGUGCUAUUCCAAGAGAAUAUUUUUCUUUGGAUCUGGGUAUAUCAUCAUCUGGCUGUGGGACUAUCAGAGAAAGUCUUUUUAUACAUCUUACAGUAAAUAAUAAACCUUGGGAGUCAUAUGACGUAGAAAAUAUUAGACACAGAACAUUUAACGUUGGAAAUGAACAAUCCUGACAGUUUGGUGCUUUGUCUGAUAAUGGAAAGUGUUCUAUUUUUCAUAUUCGUUAUCAUUUUCAUUUCUUCUUUUUUUAUUUGUAUUUAUUUGAAUUGUGAUAUACUGUAUUCUACAGGAGAGCUGUUUUAUUUGGAGAAUGGACUUAAUGUUGAUAGUGCAAUUAAUGAUGUACUAUGUUGCAUUGAGGACCAAAAAGAUUUCUUUCAUAUGAAUACGCACAGCAGACAUUUAAGAUGGUUCUCCAGUAUUGCAAUAUCAGUGCGCUUUCACAUAGAUGAAUGUAUGUAAAUAAAUGCAAAAUAAA